GGCGGGUGGGCCGUGCAACAACUCUCGCGAGCCACCAGCAGUGGAACACUUCACCUCCAGCAGCAGCAGAGAGCAGUAGUCUGCACUCGCCGCGGCGCCCGUGUGCCUUACUAGUGUGGUUUUGACUCCGCGUGUGCGUCUAGGCCGCAUUUUUGUCCGCAUCACACACCCGGCCCCGCCGCAAUGCCCGUUCCCAGUGCAGGUGACGUGAUCGUGCUGCAGCCGCAGCAGCUCGACGAGGAGGCCCCGCAGGUCACGAGUCUGCUCGAGGGCGUGUUCAAGAUGCGUUCGGACACCAGAGACAGCAUCUCGUCGACCGACAGCGACGUGUCGCUGUCUUACGACGACGACGGCGGCGCCGCGUCGCCGCCGCCGACCGAGCAGCUGCUCGGCGUCGGCUCCACCGCGUCCGAACUCAGCUCGGCGUCCGACUCGGAGGGCUGCAAGGACUCCGGAUGCGAGGCGCCGGCCGAGGAGGACGCGUUCGUACCGCCCGACGAGCAGAUGGCCGCCCGCAUCGUGCAGCAGGUCGAGUUUUACUUUUCGGACGUGAACAUCACCAAGGACGCCUUCCUGCUCAAGCACGUGAAGCGCAACAAGGAAGGCUACGUCUCGCUCAAGCUCAUCUCCAGCUUCAAGCGGGUCAAGCACCUGGCCAAGGACUGGCGCGUGGUUGCUCACGCGCUCGCCAACGGCUCGAGCAUGCUGCAGGUGAACGAGGCGCGCACCAAGUUGCGUCGCAUCGCGCCGCUGCCGCGCUACGACGACACCGCGCCCUCGCGCACCGUCGUCGCGCUCGAGCUGCCGCUCGAGAAGCCGACCAUCGAGAGCGUCGUCGACCUGUUCGCGCCGUGCGGCAAGCUGGCGCUCGUGCGCAUCCUGCGUCCGGGCAACCCGGUGCCGGCCGACGUGCGUCCCUUCGUGGCCGCGCUGCCCGAGCUGGCCACCGCCGUGUGCGCGCUCGUCGAGUUCGAGGACCUGGACGGCUGCUCGUGCGCCCUGAAGCGCCGUCCCGCCUGCGCGCAGGCCGCCCCGCUCACCCAGUGGGGCCAGAUGCGAGUGCUGGCGCUCGCCAACAAGUCCGACUCGGCGGCCGCGGCCGCCUCGGCCGCCGCGGGCGGCCAGCAGAACAACAAGGAGCAGCGCAAGAAGCGCACCGCCAAGCCCAAGCAGCAGCGGCCGCCGUCGGCCGGCUACGAGUCGGCGUGCGCCUCCGACGCAGAGUUCGACGUGCUGACGCGCCGACGCAGCUCGACCGCGUCCAGCGUCAGCUCGAGCCGCUCGUCGCCGCUGUGCAGCCCGCUGCGCAGCAUCCAGAACAUCCAGAACUCGCCGCUGUUCCAGUACGUGAACGCCGAGCCGUACGUGCCGCGCCGGCAGAGCGCGUGCUACUUCCCAUUGCCGGCCAGCCCGCUGACGGCGCGCCCCAGGUCCAACACGACGCCCAACGUGCUGCGCACGCUGCCCGAGAACGUGCUGCGCCUGCCGCGCGGCCCCGACGGCACCAAGGGCUUCCGACAGCGGCUGAUGCAGGAGGCGGCGCGCGCGCGCUCCGCCUCGGCGCCCAUGUGCCCCGCCGCCGCAGUGCUGGCCCUUUAAUUCUUUUAAUUUUGUCACCAAGACUGAUCUGACUGAAUGCGCGCGCGAGUGAACGAACGAAACAGUGAGAGCCAGACACCGAUUGACUGUGCGAGUACGCGUUGUUUAGAGAUACAAACACUGUGAUUUACUACAAGCAUGAAAUGAUGAAUUCCUAUAUUUAAAGAAAGAAGAUGACUCUGCAUGCGUGAACCAGCAUGCUUUGAUUCUAUUUUUGAUCUUGAUCGCGACAUUUUAGCGGCUCACCCCGAGAGCAGCUCACGUGAAACUUCACUUGUGCGUGCGUGUGAAUGUCACGAGUGAGCAGCUGCUUUUUUGGUGUAAAACUUCAAUCUGUAUAUCGUAUAACAUGUGUAAAAUGCAUUCUCUCCCACGCCAUAGUAUGUAGAUAAAUUAUUAUUUUAGUGAAGAAAAUUGCAAUAAAAAACCCUGAAUAAAAAAUAAA